AAAAUUAUAAGUUUAUUGGAGGACAAACGCUUGGUUGGCUGGACGUUUCCAUUCAAAGAAGAGUCUGAUGGGGUAAAUGAAAGAAAAAUUAUACUUUUAUUUUUUUGUUCUGAAACGCACCUUUUAGUUUGUUUAAAUUAUUUCUAUGUUCACAUGUCUGUUAAUAUGGGCUCAAGGGAGCACCUUCCUAUUGAUGGAGCCAUUUUGGUGAUAAAGCUUACAAACAAACAAAAAACCAAACAAGCAAACAAAUAGACAAUUUGCCACUUUUAAACUUUUUAUAAACGCUUAGCUUUGGCAAAAUUUUCUCUGCAUGCAAUCUUUAUUGUUUGAGCGAAACUAUCACUUGUAGUUACAGGUAGACUCCAAGAACAGUUUCUUCAAUUUUAACUUACAAAAAAUAACUCUUAGAGAGAUCUGGAAAUUAGUGAGCUGUGAACACGCACUAAAAUAUAAAACAAAAUAAACAAACGCCAACAGGCAGGUAACGAAUUGGCUGGCUCGUAAUAAAAAGCAUCUUACAUUGGCUCACUUUCAACCUACCGUUUCCUGCACUCAAGCAAACUCGGAAAGUAUUCGUUUUGUUUUGCGUGAAGAUAUUUUUGGAAGCGCUGGACCUAAAUGUUACAAUAGGUUGUGGGUAGAAUGUGUAAAGUAAAGUAAAGUUUCGGCCAUGUGCUUCUAGGGUUUACUGUAUCCGUGGAUUUCCUGCCUAACCAAUUCUUAGUUUUUCAGCACGUGUAUUAUGAGUCUCUGAUUUGGGUAAUUUGGAAACCACACCCUGCAUAUGUAAACGAUAAAAUAUAAAUAAGUAAUUAAUGUGCGUUUCUAUUUUAGAUUGACACGGCAAAAGGUAAGGGAUGAUGGGUCUGUCGAACAUUGUUUAAGUGUUGUUAGCUUUGUUAUAUCCUUGUCAGUACGUUAUCAUACAUUGUUAUUAUGCAAUUUAGAUGAGGAACCGGUUUGUGACACAACGAAAUUCUCUGAACCGGAACGGACUCGAUUGUCUCUAAGGAUUGUCGAGAAUUAUAAAGUAAUUGCGGGAUUGGCUGACCUGGGUAAAGGUGAAGUAGAAAACGUGUAUCGGGAUCACAUUAACUACCCAGAGCCAAAGGAUAAGGCCAAUCAAAUUUUAUUUAUGAUCAGCGACCAAACCAACUUCAGCCGUAAAAGGUUUGGUGAUAUUUUAAAAGAAGUAGGAUUAUGUGACCUGGUGGAUAAAGUAGUACAGGGAACAUUAAGGCGUGGUCAUGAUGACGGUGGUUCGCCAAAUGAAACUUCCGAAAGUUAG